UGAAUGAUAGUGUCUAGAAAGGGUAUGUCCCUUCAGGAGAGAGGUGCCAAUGUCCAACCAGCCUAAUAACAAUCCAGGGGGGUCACUGCGACGUUCACAGAGGAACACUGCUGGGGCCCAGCCGCAAGACGACGCAGUAGGAAGAAGAGGCUGUAGUUCAUCUGCUGUUUUAAUACCACAACGAGAAGACCCAGAGAGAGUCAAUACUUCAGAAAAGCAAAAAACAGGGCAAGUGCCUAAGAAAGACAAUUCUCGAGGAGUUAAACGCAGUGCUAGUCCAGAUUACAGGAGGACCAAUUCUCCUAGCUCUGCUAAAAAACCCAAAGCACUUCAACACGCUGAAACUUCCUUGGAAACUAACAAGCCACAUACUAAAUCUAAGAGAAGACACUUAGAUCAAGAGCAGCCGAAGUCUACACAAUUGCCAUCAACAAGCAAGGCUCACACCAGAAAGGGUGGAGCUGCUGGUAGCUCCCGAGGUCAGAAAAGGAAAAGGACAGAGAAUCUGUCCUGUAUAAAGAGUGGUUCAGGAGUUGAAUCAACUGGCGCUGAAGAGAAGGCAGCAAAAAUCUCCAAGCUGGCUUCAAAAUCGGUGACCUCAGCCAAAGCUGGGUGUAGCACCAUCACUGAUUCUUCUUCUUCAGCUUCCACGUCGUCCUCCUCUUCUGCCGUUGCCUCUGCUUCUACUGUUCCUCAGGGUGCCAGAGUGAAACAGGGAAAGGACCAGAAUAAGGCUAGACGUUCCCGUUCUGCAUCCAGCCCCAGUCCAAGAAGGAGUAGCAGGGACAAAGAACCAAGUAAAACAGGUGGCUCUUCGAAGUUUGACUGGGCUGCUCGAUUCAGCCCAAAAGUCAGUCUCCCUAAAACAAAACUGUCUCUACCAGGCUCUUCCAAGCCAGAGACAUCAAAACCUGGACCUUCGGGACUACAGGCUAAACUAGCAAGUCUACGAAAAUCUACAAAGAAGCGCAGUGAAUCGCCACCUGCUGAGCUCCCCAGUUUGCGGCGGAGCACACGGCAAAAGACCACGGGCUCCUGUGCUAGCACCAGUCGGCGAGGCUCUGGCCUGGGCAAAAGAGGAGCAGCUGAAGCUCGCCGACAGGAGAAGAUGGCUGAUCCUGACAACAACCAGGAUGGAGUUAACUCUUCAGCUGCACGUACAGAUGAGGCUCCCCAGGGAGCUGCAGCUUCUAGUUCUGUUGCUGGGGCUGUAGGUAUGACAACCUCUGGAGAGAGUGAGUCAGAUGAUUCUGAGAUGGGAAGACUACAAGCUCUAUUAGAGGCUAGGGGUCUUCCUCCUCACCUGUUUGGCCCUCUUGGUCCUCGGAUGUCGCAGCUCUUCCACAGGACAAUUGGAAGUGGAGCUAGUUCUAAAGCCCAACAGCUUUUACAAGGUCUCCAAGCCACUGAUGAAAGUCAGCAACUACAGGCAGUGAUUGAGAUGUGCCAGCUGUUGGUCAUGGGAAAUGAAGAAACAUUAGGAGGGUUUCCAGUCAAGAGUGUUGUACCAGCUUUGAUAACAUUGCUGCAGAUGGAGCACAACUUUGACAUUAUGAACCAUGCAUGUCGGGCCUUAACGUAUAUGAUGGAAGCACUUCCCAGAUCAUCUGCUGUAGUUGUAGAUGCAAUUCCUGUCUUCUUGGAAAAGCUGCAAGUUAUUCAGUGCAUUGAUGUGGCAGAGCAGGCGCUUACAGCCCUGGAGAUGUUAUCACGCAGGCAUAGUAAAGCCAUUCUGCAGGCAGGUGGGUUGGCAGACUGUUUGUUGUAUCUGGAAUUCUUCAGUAUAAAUGCACAGAGGAAUGCACUAGCUAUUGCUGCCAACUGCUGCCAGAGUAUAACACCUGAUGAGUUUCACUUUGUGGCGGACUCUUUGCCACUGCUUACACAAAGGUUAACCCAUCAGGACAAAAAGUCUGUUGAAAGCACUUGUCUCUGUUUUGCACGGCUAGUGGACAACUUCCAGCAUGAGGAGAACUUGCUCCAGCAGGUUGCUUCGAAGGACUUGUUAACAAAUAUCCAGCAACUCUUGGUAGUGACACCUCCUAUCCUGAGCUCAGGAAUGUUCAUCAUGGUGGUGCGCAUGUUUUCCUUAAUGUGCUCCAAUUGUCCUACACUUGCAGUCCAGCUUAUGAAGCAAAAUAUUGCAGAAACUCUUCACUUCCUCCUUUGUGGAGCCUCAAAUGGGAGUUGUCAAGAACAAAUUGACCUUGUUCCACGAAGUCCUCAAGAACUUUAUGAGCUUACUUCCCUUAUCUGUGAACUGAUGCCUUGCCUGCCGAAAGAGGGGAUCUUCGCUGUUGAUACUAUGCUAAAAAAAGGAAAUGCGCAAAAUACAGAUGGUGCAAUAUGGCAAUGGCGAGAUGACAGGGGUCUCUGGCAUCCCUAUAACAGGAUUGAUAGUCGAAUAAUAGAGGCAGCUCAUCAGGUUGGUGAGGAUGAGAUAAGCCUGUCUACACUUGGGCGUGUCUAUACUAUUGAUUUUAACUCUAUGCAGCAAAUAAAUGAGGAUACUGGAACAGCACGUGCCAUUCAGCGAAAACCAAACCCUUUAGCCAAUACAAACACUAGUGGACAUUCAGAAUUGAAGAAGGAUGAUGCUCGAGCACAACUAAUGAAAGAGGACCCGGAACUGGCAAAAUCCUUCAUCAAAACAUUGUUUGGUGUUCUUUAUGAAGUAUAUAGUUCCUCAGCUGGACCUGCUGUCAGACACAAGUGCCUUAGAGCAAUUCUUAGGAUAAUUUAUUUUGCGGAUGCUGAACUUCUGAAGGAUGUGUUGAAAAACCAUGCUGUUUCAAGUCAUAUUGCCUCCAUGCUGUCGAGUCAAGACCUUAAGAUAGUAGUUGGAGCCCUGCAGAUGGCAGAGAUUUUAAUGCAAAAGUUACCUGACAUUUUUAGUGUUUACUUCAGAAGAGAAGGGGUGAUGCACCAAGUGAAAAACUUAGCAGAGUCUGAGGCUUUGCUAACAAGCCCACCGAAAGUAUGCACUAAUGGAUCAGGAACACUGGGUACCACUACAACGAUAAGUACUGGAACAGCCACUGCUGCCAGUAAUGCAGCUGCUGAUUUGGGCUCUCCCAGCUUACAACACAGCCGGGAGGAUUCUUUGGAUCUGAGCCCACAGGGACGACUGAGCGAUGUUCUAAAGAGAAAAAGACUGCCAAAACGAGGGCCAAGGAGACCAAAAUACUCUCCUCCAAGAGAUGAUGACAAAGUAGACAAUCAAGCUAAAAGCCCUACAACUACUCAAUCUCCUAAAUCUUCCUUCUUGGCAAGUUUAAAUCCUAAAACAUGGGGAAGAUUAAGCACACAGUCCAACAGUAAUAAUAUUGAACCAACACGAACAGCAGGAGUAAGUGGUCUUGCAAGGGCUGCUUCCAAGGAUACCAUUUCCAAUAACAGAGAAAAAAUUAAGGGCUGGAUUAAGGAGCAAGCUCAUAAAUUUGUAGAACGUUACUUUAGUUCUGAAAACAUGGAUGGAAGUAAUCCUGCACUAAAUGUAUUACAGAGACUUUGCACUGCAACUGAACAACUCAACCUCCAGGUGGAUGGUGGAACAGAGUGCCUUGUAGAAAUCCGUAGCAUUGUCUCGGAGUCUGACGUGUCCUCAUUUGAAAUCCAGCAUAGUGGGUUUGUUAAACAACUGCUGCUUUAUUUGACAUCUAAAAGUGAGAAAGAUGCUGUAAGCAGGGAUAUCAGAUUGAAAAGAUUUCUUCAUGUAUUUUUUUCUUCUCCACUUCCUGGAGAAGAACCCCUUGGAAGAUUAGAGCCAUUAGAAAAUGCACCUUUGUUGGCGUUGGUCCAUAAAAUGAACAAUUGCCUCAGUCAGAUGGAACAGUUUCCUGUCAAAGUGCAUGACUUCCCUAGUGGAAAUGGAACAGGGAGCAGUUUUUCUCUUAACAGAGGAUCCCAAGCUUUAAAAUUCUUCAAUACACAUCAACUAAAAUGCCAGCUGCAAAGGCAUCCAGACUGUGCUAAUGUGAAACAGUGGAAAGGUGGACCUGUGAAGAUUGAUCCUUUGGCUUUGGUACAAGCCAUUGAAAGAUACCUUGUAGUUAGAGGCUAUGGAAGAGUUAGAGAAGAUGACGAGGAUAGUGAUGAUGAUGGGUCAGAUGAAGAAAUAGACGAAUCUUUGGCUGCUCAAUUCUUAAAUUCAGGGAAUGUGAGACACAGACUGCAAUUUUACAUUGGCGAUCACUUGCUGCCAUACAAUAUGACUGUGUAUCAGGCAGUUAGACAGUACAGUUUGCAAGCUGAGGAGGAGAGGGAGUCUACAGAUGAUGAAAGCAACCCAUUAGGAAGAGCUGGGAUUUGGACAAAAACACAUACCAUUUGGUACAAACCCGUACGAGAGGAUGAAGAAGGUAGUAAGGACUGUGUUGGUGGUAAAAGAGGAAGAGCACAAACAGCUCCCACAAAAACCUCCCCUAGAAAUUCUAAGAAGCAUGACGAAUUAUGGCAUGAUGGUGUAUGCCCUUCGGUCUUAAAUCCUCUAGAAGUUUACCUCAUAUCUACUCCACCUGAAAACAUAACAUUUGAAGAUCCCUCAUUAGAUGUUAUUCUUCUUUUGAGAGUUUUACAUGCUAUCAGUCGAUACUGGUAUUACUUGUAUGAUAAUGCAAUCUGCAAGGAGAUAAUUCCAACCUCAGAGUUCAUCAACAGUAAACUGACAGCAAAAGCAAACAGGCAGCUUCAGGAUCCUUUGGUAAUUAUGACAGGAAACAUACCAACUUGGCUGACAGAACUUGGAAAAACAUGCCCAUUUUUCUUUCCAUUUGAUACUCGUCAAAUGCUGUUUUAUGUAACUGCUUUUGAUCGUGAUCGAGCCAUGCAAAGACUACUGGAUACUAAUCCAGAAAUCAAUCAAUCGGAUUCUCAGGAUAGCAGAGUGGCACCGCGACUGGACAGGAAAAAACGCACUGUGAACAGAGAUGAGCUGUUGAAACAGGCAGAAUCUGUGAUGCAGGAUCUAGGCAGUUCAAGAGCCAUGUUGGAAAUCCAGUAUGAGAAUGAAGUUGGCACAGGCCUAGGCCCCACGCUAGAGUUCUAUGCACUUGUAUCUCAGGAACUACAGAGAGCAGACUUAGGCCUUUGGAGGGGAGAAGAAGUGACUUUAGCCAAUCCAAAAGGAAGCCAGGAAGGUACCAAGUACAUUCAUAACCUUCAAGGCCUUUUUGCCCUUCCUUUUGGUAGAACAGCCAAGCCAGCUCACAUCGCAAAAGUUAAAAUGAAGUUCCGCUUUCUGGGAAAACUAAUGGCCAAGGCAAUCAUGGAUUUUAGACUGGUGGACCUUCCUCUUGGACUUCCUUUUUAUAAAUGGAUGUUACGACAGGAAACUUCCUUGACAUCGCAUGACUUGUUCAGUAUUGAUCCAGUAGUAGCCAAAUCAAUAUAUCACCUGGAAGAUAUUGUAAGACAAAAGAAAAGACUUGAACAAGACAAAACACAGACCAAAGAAAGUCUGCAGUAUGCAUUGGAGGCUUUGACUAUGAAUGGCUGCUCAGUGGAAGAUCUAGGGCUGGACUUCACACUACCUGGGUUUCCUAAUAUAGAACUGAAAAAAGGGGGAAAAGAUACACCAGUCACCAUCCACAAUUUAGAGGAGUAUCUCAGAUUGGUUAUAUUCUGGGCACUAAAUGAAGGUGUUGCCAGACAGUUUGACUCGUUCAGAGAUGGAUUUGAAUCAGUCUUCCCCCUCAGUCAUCUUCAGUACUUCUACCCUGAGGAGUUGGAGCAGCUCUUGUGCGGCAGUAAAACGGAUACUUGGGAUGCAAAGACUUUAAUGGAAUGUUGUAGGCCAGAUCACGGAUAUACACAUGACAGUCGAGCAGUGAAGUAUCUCUUUGAAAUUCUCAGUAGCUUUGAUAGUGAGCAGCAAAGACUGUUUCUUCAGUUUGUGACAGGUAGCCCAAGACUGCCUGUAGGAGGCUUUCGAAGUUUGAAUCCUCCAUUGACAAUUGUACGCAAGACAUUCGAGUCUACAGAGAAUCCAGAUGAUUUCUUGCCCUCAGUAAUGACUUGUGUGAACUAUCUGAAAUUGCCGGACUAUUCAACUAUUGAGAUAAUGCGUGAAAAACUCUUGAUAGCUGCAAGAGAAGGGCAGCAGUCAUUCCAUCUUUCCUGAUCACAAUGAAAAAUACAAUGUCUGCCUGUUACAACAAAAGAGAAACUCAUGAUUCUUUUCUAAAUAUAUCACCUGAGUCAAGGAAACGUGUUACGCCUUCUUGUUGUAGAAAAACGGCUUGCAGAUUAUAAACAAAGACACUUGGUUGAUAUUCAUUAAAGGCCCCUAUGGACUUAAAGUGAUCAGGCCCUAAAAGUUGUUGUGACAAGAUUUCUUUAGCAAGUUCUUGUUUAAAUUAUCAUUUAUUUGAUGAGUGAAGUUUUUAACUUGCUUUGCUGUGUGAAAUUUAAAAAGGGAUGUUUUUCCAGGCUGGAACAAUAAAUGUCGCUGUGCAGUUUAA